UGCAGUGCACUGCGAAACAGAGAAAUUUAUUUUCAUUCCUACCAUUGAAAGCUAUAAAAGAGAGAGUAAAAGUUCAAUGGCUGACAUCCCAAGGAAGAUCUCUUGCAGAGUUUGCCUAAGCUUGGGAACAUGUAUACAUCAUCCCGCUGCACACACCAAACCAUUGGUGUAUUCAGGCGUAGGGCACGUUGUGGGAAAGCAAAAGCAUAAGGUGAAUGGUGAAGUGCAUCAAAUGGGGAGUAGCAGAGAAGGGUACAAAAAUCAGGGAACUCAAGGAGCAAAGCAGGACAUAAGUGAGAAACGUGGGGAGGAUUCUCCAGAGCAGUGCUUUCUUGGCUCUUCUGUAUGCUAUGGUGGACCAGAUGAGUAUCAUGGCCGUGUCAAAGAAAGAAAAGAACCAAUAAAUAAGAAUAAAACUGGAGUAAAGAGGGUGGAAGAGACAGCAGACCCAUCUAAUCUUGAAUAUGCAACAAGGGGAGAUUGGUGGAAAGGUUCUCUCUACUACUAGAAAGAUUGUGGAACAUCCUAAUUCCAUUUUUUUCCAUAAAGUCCAGGUAAUGUGUACAAUGGUAAAGCUGGAUUAAGUAAUUGGAUGGAAUAUGAUAUCUAUACGUUUAUCUUUAGAAGCAUGUAAAUGCGCAUAAGGAAUGAUACUAUUUACAGCGGAAUCUCAGAUAAAACCUUUUUCAAAUCAUCCACAAUCCAUUUCCUUUUAAGUUACAUGGUAUCUUAACUCUAACCCAUAGAAUGCUUCCUCUCUAAUCAAGUAUGGUAAAUUUUUAUUACUUUAUUUGAGAAAUGAAAAUAACUGAAUAUAAGAUAUUUAAGAAUUUAUUAAAGUUGGAAGUCUUUUUUCAAA